AAAAUCCUUUUCCAAAACGUAUUCUUCGAUGUUGUAAUAUAUUAUGUCGUUUCUUUAAAACUUCACAUAUGGGUGGUUUCUUACUUCGAAAAUAUAUAGAAGAAAUGAAUAUUUCUGGUGGUAGUUUAAAAACUUAUUGUGAAACUAGGUGGACAUCAUGUUAUGAUACUGUAAAAUCAGUUGCACGUCUUCAAGAGCCUUUAGAAAAAAUUAAACGUGAAAACUAUGAAAUAAUUACAAAUCAAAAUUUGAAGAAGAUUUUUAAUUCUCGUUGCUUUUUUAAUGAUUGUAAUCGAAUAGCAAUGAUAUUAGAACCAUUACGAAAUACUAUUUUACUUUUAGAAAGAAAUAGUACUACACUUGCUGAUUGUUUUAUUAUGCUAAUUCGACUAGCUGUUAAAAUAAAUCAGAUUCCACAUGAAAUAGGAACAAUUGGCUUUAAGAAUCAUUGCAUUCAAGCAAUAAAUGAACGUUGGGAGAAAUCAUUUGAUGAUGAACCUUAUAUGUUAGCAUAUUGGUUGCAUCCAGCUUAUCGAGGUAUUGGUUUAUCUAAUACCUUACAAUCACGAAUUAUAAAAUAUGCGGGAAAACUAAUAUAUGAUAUGGGUUAUAAGGAUAAAGCUGCAAUUAAAACUCUAAUUGCAAAUAUGGCAAAUUUUAAAUGCUUGGAAGGGGCUUAUUCUUUGGAAUAUAAUGAAGAAUUUAAUUCACCUCGGACUUGGUGGCAUGUAACUACUGCAGAAUCAAUGUCUAAAAUCCGGCAUUACUAUCUUAAUAAUUCACGACAUGAGUUACAAUAUGUUGGCAAAACAUUAACCAAUGAAGAAAUUUCUAAAUUAAUACAAGAAACUAGUUUGAUUGAUAAUGAAGAAUUAGCAGAUGAUGAUAAUGAUUUAAAUAUGGAAAUAAAUGAAGAAAUUCCACAAAAUGAGGUAUAUGUAUUAAUUAUAGCAAAACAUAUUGAUUUAACAAAUCCUGUAUUUGAUGAAGAAGCGGAAAGUUCUAAAAGUGAUGAAUCUGAACAUAAUAUAGAAUCUGAUGAAGAUGAUAAUUUUAAUAUAGAUGAAAUGAUUGAUAACUUUUUA